GUGAAAGGUCACACAGAACCUUGGCGCCUUUUCUUGUGUCUUUCCAAAUUUUCUCCCGCUUGAAAUUUUCCAAGAGGGAUUUCGGAUGCUGUUCUAGCGAGUGUUUGGCCGAUCGCGAGGAAUAUUUGUACCUUUGCGGAGGAAAUUAUUUCGGCAUGGAGAUAAGGCUGCCAGGCUAGCCCCACCAAUGUUGGGUGCACUGAGUGUCGCCAUGGAGACAACAACGGGGGUGGGCUGCCAGGAACAGGUAACAAAACAGAUACAGAGCAUGGCAGCGGUGAAGUGCCCCCCUCCCGCCCCUAACCUCAUCACACAGUACUUCAAGUCCCCGCCCAAACCUGAAGUCACCUCCCCUAAACCCUCAGGCAUCAUGGGAUACUUCAAGCCAAUGGGUAAAAGUCCAUCACAACAAUGUAAGCCACAAGGAAUGAUGGGUACCAAAAUGGCCUCACCUGUCACUGCUCCUAAGUCUCUGUCUGAGAAAGAUACAGACAAACCUGUGAAAGAGAAAGUCACCAAGACCAAGCUGAAGAAAGUGGCAAAAGCCAAGAAUAAGAAGCCGUCCAACAAGGAUGUGGAAGAAGUGAAAGAUCAAGAUGGCAAUCAGGAAGUAGAGGAGAAAGAGUCAGAGAAAGUAAAGGAACUGAAACAGACAGGAACAGAAUCCUCGGCAUGCUUGAGAACAGAGAAUGGGGAUGGUGGAUCUGUGGGAAACAUCAGAAAGUCAAAGAAGAGAAAAAAGAGUGACGUUUUGAACUCUUCUGUUGACGAGUUUGAAGCACAGCCAAAGAAAGCAUCCAAGGUGUCAGUUUCAGCAGCACCAGUGGAAAACCUGACAACUUCUCAAGAUGAAGCAACUGCUCAAGUUGACAAGAAGACAAAGUUCUCAACCAAGGCAGAAGAUGGGAGAGAAGAGAUCAAACAAACAGCCACAAAUGUUAAGAAACAGGACACUCCACAAGAAGGUAAAGGUAAAAAGCAAUCUUCAGAGGAGGGCAGAGAUGUGGGAGGAGUUAACCACUGCAAAACAGCAGAGGAAGCUUUGAUUGACAGUUCCACAGCUGUAGACAGGUCCAUCUGUGAAGUAGAUCCAGGUGACGACUCAGUGAUGAUGAUAUCUUAUCACGACUACUUAGCCAACAGCCAAUCAGAAGCUGAGGAGGAAGAGGAUGAGGAUGACAAGGUUGCUACUGAUGUCAUUGACCCAGAGAACAAUGACCCUAGCCAUGUUGAAGCUGAAAUAUCUUACAUCGACUUUCUUAAAGAUGGUGUAGAAGAAAUAAAAGAUGGCCAUAACACUGAAGGUGUUAAAGAUGUAGACGAAACAUCGAAUCAGGAAAUACCGUAUGAAGAGUUUGUGAAAAACAUAAGUAACACGACAGGUGAAGAUGAUAAUAUGUCUAAACCUUCAGGAGCAUCUGUUGGUGGAUCACCAAACUCCUCAGGCCAAGGAAAGGUGGUGACAACAGAGGCACAGGUCCACAGUCUCAAAGAGGAAAAUGUUCCAAAGCAAAAACAUUCAGAGUUACUAAAGCAAGGCAAAAGAGCAUCAACUCCUAAGACCAAGGGCAGGAAAAAGUCAAAUGUGGUUGUUGAAGAAGUGGACUUAGUCAUCGAAGAAUCAAGUGACAAUAGCAAGAAGGUAAAUGAAGAGAGAGCGAAGAUCCAAAUUUCAAGCACAACUAAAAAGGAUGAUGAUCCAGAAACAAGAGCGCGCAAAGAAGAGGUGAGGAAAAAUUUCAUGGCAAAUUUCCGACAACCUGGCACAAAGAAAAAGGCAGCAGAAACAGAGGGAAAGGAUGUGGAGUCUGUAAAAGAAGACCAAGGGAAGGAAAAAGAAGUUGAGGAUGUGAAAGCUGACAAGAAACGAGCUGUGAAGUAUUCACAACCUGCAGCUAAGAGUAACACCAGGGCAAGAAAACCUGCUGCUAAGAAAGCAUCUAUAGAGAAAAAAGACGAAGAAGAAAAAGAAAGUCCAGCUUUGAAGAAAACUGAAAGAUCUGACAUAAAAACCGCAAAGAAGAAAGUCACUCUGGAAGAUGCUACAUCAACAAAAGUGAGGAAGAAAACUGAUAACAAAACUGCAAGAAAGAAGAAGGAGGAAGCAGCGAAAGAGGCAGAAUCAGUAGAAGUGGUAGAACCUGAAGUUGAAGAAACACCAACAAGAACCACCAGGUCAGGGAGGAAGUGUGUGUACAGGUCACAGCUGUUGAGCAUGGGGUCACCCAACACACCAAGCCCCAUCCGGCUCAGACUGACCAGAGUGACCAGGAGGAAGCAAGCCCAACUGGACAAUCCUGAAGACUUCACACCCAAGAGCAAGAAAAAGGCAAAGAAUGCCAAGGUCACCAAAGCUCAAGAGCUCAUUCAAAAAGCAAAGGCACAGAAAAGCAGUAAAGCAAAGUCAAAAGCAGAAAAUCGCCCGCAGCCCAAAGUGGCCAGACCCAAGAGACAAGCGGCAAAGCCAAAGAGCCCUGAAGUCGUGGAAAUAACGGAUGAAACAACAACAUCAGGCCCACAGUCAAAAAGGGUCAAAGCAGGAGAAGGGGCAACCAAAGUAGUGUCUCCUAGAGGGAAGAAAAGAAAGAUAACUCCCAAGAAAGAGGCACCAAAGGUUGGAAAAGAUGGCAAGCCACUACGGUCUUUCCUUGAUGUGCUGGGGAAGAAGAAAGUUUCCUCACCUAGAAAAGCUGUAGGUUCUCCAAGGAAGGCAGCUGCACUUUUCAGCACAUUUGGGAAGAACGUCACCAAAGACGGAAGGUCCAGUCCUCUGGUCAUCCUGGAUGAGGACAGUAGAGGGUCAGGGUCAGAGAGCUCCAUGGAUGAGGCCACUUUUGCAGCCCGCAGGAAUUUCUUGAUGAGUGGCAUCCCAGACAGACUGAGGAAACAGAUCACCCUGACCGCUGCUCAGGCCCAGGCCUACGCGUACCCGCCCUUCCCAACGGUCAGCCAUGUCCAGCAGAGGGACACGGUCAUCCCUGAUGGACAGCUGGACUUCUGGAACCUACCACACCCGAAAGAGAAGAGCAUUCCAACGGCAGAACUUCAGACUGAUUGGAAUUUUGAAAGCAAGGAUCUGAAGGAUGGUCUUCAUCUAGGAGCCGUUACAACAUGCACACUUAAACAUGUGUCUGACAGAGAGCCAAGAACCCCAGUCCCACAGCUGCCCCAUGCCGUGUGUAAGAGUCUAGUGGCAGAGAUAGGCACCUACUGUCCUGGGGUGCCUGUCAGAAGAGUCUAUAAGCGAUACAGGUCCAGGUAUCUGGAGCAUCAAGGUCAUGAACAUCAGGAACAGUUGCAAGAUUCGUCACAGCCUACCAGUCAGCCAGUCGCAACCACUGAGCCAACAGCUCUGAAGAACAAGAAAAGCAACAAGAGGAAGCUUUCAGAGGUCACUGAAGGUCAAGAACACAACACCAACAAGAGGAAGAAGACGGAGGAAGAACCUGAAGGUCAAAGGAACAGCCCAGAAGGUCAAGAGUCGAGAAAACGAGGGAGGUUGAGUAGGAGAUCCAAGAUGGCCGACAGAAACAAAGGUCAACAGUCGAACACGCCCAAGGAGUCAGAUGGGGAGGGGGGCAGAAGGAGGAGCGGUCGGGCAAAGAGAAACUCCAGCCCAAGUCAAGAGAAGGAAGAACCAAGAAGGAGCAGCAGAAGGGCCUCAAGGAAACAAGACGAGGAAAACAAAGAGCAGAGUCAAGAAGAAGUGAAAAUCGUGGAAGAGGCACCAACAGAAAGUAGUGAGACAAAUCAAGAUGGCAUCCAGGACUCACUGUGGACAGAUAAGUACCAGCCUAGAAGUUCCUCGGAGGUUAUUGGUAACACAGGGGCCAUGAAGAAACUCAAGGGCUGGCUACACGACUGGAAGAUCAGGGCAGACAAAGAGAUGAGAAGGAUGAUGAAAGAGAUGAAGAAACAAAAGAAAGCCCAGAAAAAUGCAGCCAAAAAGUCGGGUUCCCAAGGCUCGGGUGACUGGUGGGACGAUGAUGACAGUGACUUUGACAUCAGCGAUGAUGGAGACAGUGACUACAAUGAGGAGGAGGAGGAGGAUGGCCUCUGCAACACCAUGCUGCUUCUGGGGCCAACUGGCAUCGGGAAGACUUCAGCUGUGUAUGCCUGUGCCCAGGAACUAGGAUACAAGGUGUUUGAGGUGAACGCUGCGUCCCUGCGGAGUGGGAAACAGGUGCUGACGCAGCUGCGGGAGGCCACGCAGUCGCACCAGGUGUCCAAACAAGCCCAGACAGGCGGCGCAGCAAGUCUCUUCAAAACCUCACUCACACCACAGAAGGUCAAACCAGGAGCAAACAAAGCAUCCAUGCAUUCUUCCUUUGCUGGCUUCUUCAAGAAGACAGAAGAUGGGACGAAGGAGGAAGACAGCAGAGGUCCAGCAGGAAGCAAGAAAGUCAGAAGAUCACUUGAGCUCGGACAAUCGUCAGAGGCCAAAGGAAAUAAGAAAGUGAAGAAGUCAGAGAAGAGAAGAUCCAGUAAAGGCAGUGGCAACAAAAAGUCAUCCGAAAAGCAGACAGAAGCGAAACCAGCUGCAACACAAGAACCUACACGAGCCAUGACUUCACUCAUUCUGUUUGAAGAGGUUGAUGUAGUAUUUGAAGACGACAAAGGAUUUCUUCCUGCCAUCAACACACUGAUGACGACCACCAAGAGGCCCAUCAUUCUCACUACCUCAGAUGCCACCUUUCCUGCCAGAUUUGAAGGAAGAUACGAAGAACUGGCAUUCAAACAACCUUUGCAGCCUAUUGUAACAUCCCACCUGCAGCUGUUGUGCCUUGCGGAGAACCUCCCCACCAAGAGAGCCGAUGUGGAGGCUACAGUGGCGCUGAGCUGUGGGGACAUACGACACGCCAUGUUGUCCCUGCAGUUCUGGGCUGAGUCAGGAGGGGGCAGGGUUGAGAAGCAGAUGGCUUCAGAUCUCCACAAGGUUGCCACAAGCACGGAAAAUAUGUCACAACCUGCGCAAAUUGAGGAAUCUUCUCAGAGCCAAACUUGCGACACGGCCGACAUAUCUGUCAAACCUGGUGACAAGACCACCAUGGUGCUGGGACCACUGCCUGAUGAUGAAGACGCCAUGGACGCCGAUGACUUCCUCAGCUGCAGGAGAACAGCUGCAACACUCAGGAACAAGGUGCCUCUGGCUGCAGAUGACACAUGCGACAGCUGUCCAUCAAGUCAAGAGGUUGCUAUGGAAACAGUUGCCAUGGAAGCAAGCCCGGAGACAGUGGACGUACAUUCCCAAUGUUUGGAGAGUGUUCUUGGAGUCCACAAUGUCGCAGGCUGCAAGAAUCAGCUUCUUGAAAUGUUCAAGACUCAAGACUCUGACCAAGAAUGUCUUGCUAGGCAGAUAACUCUCACAGCCAGCUGCCAGUGGCAGGGCAGAAACCUUCUGUUCUACAAUGUCGAACAACUGCUGCCCCUCCCCACAACUCCAUGGAUCAGGCCCAGAUGUAACAACUCGAGUGUACUUCAGACUGUACCAUCACAAGAUGAAGAGAAAGGAAAGGGGAGACAGAGGAGAGGGGAAUCUCUCCUGGAUAGUUCACUGUUUGAUGCAGAAGACUUGCCAAGUUCUCAGCCCAAAGAUGCUACAACAGAAGAGGACAAGAAAUCUCUACAAGUAACAACAGAAGGAAGGACUAAAAAUGAAGAAGAUGUUGAUGCUCAGAGCACCACAACGGUUGUAGAAAAAGAAGAAAAUGUCUUCAAAAAGAAGCUCAUCUGCCAAGCGCUUGCAUCCUUCUGUGAACUGUCAGAAAACAAAUCCUUCCUUGACUCACACAGACACAGCUCUUCUCAGAAGGAAGGGUUCUGUAAGACUGACCAAUCAGCAUGGAGAGCAAAGGUCAAGUCAGGUAUGACUGACAGGGUGAGGAUUGUGGAGGAGUCUGAUUGGAGGACAGCAGAGAUGGGGGCGGAGCUUCGUGCUGCAGUGGAAGUGAUGAGUAUGAGGCAGUGUAAAAGAGCAGUAGGAAAGCUAGUGUCAGAAUUCACACAAGAUUCGGGCAGUAAAGACUUGUGUGAAGAACUAACACUGCCAGUUGUAGGUGAUGCAGCUAACUUGAGGACAGUAAAUCUACAGGACGAAACACAAGCACAGCUGAGCAUGUUCAGCACGAGACACCAGACUGUACAUGGAGUUAUGUCAGCACUGCCUAACCUGACUCACGGUCAGCACAGGGCCGUCGCACUGGACUAUCUCCCCACUCUCCGCUCCAUCUGUGCCACAGAGAAACUCAGGGAAGCAUCCAAACUCAAAAGGAGGUUUUUGCACUACCUGGAUAACAAUGGAUUGUCACUCAAACAAUCUGUUCUAAAUGCCCUGGCUCAGGAAUUCUGAAGAGGUACCAGUAUUCUAGAAGUGUGUGUAAAUUAAAGUGUGGUGAAUGAAUUGUGAGAGAAUGGUGAUUGUGAGAUUGUUUUUACAGAUUUCUUCCUGUUUAACUUGUAACCUGUAGCUGUACAGAGAAGGGUAUUUGCCUUUGAAUCAACUAAGAUAUAAAUUUCAUCCUUUGUCAUCAAUGAGCAAAUGUUUUUCUACACGUUUCAUAUUUUAGAGAUUGAAAUGAAUUUGACAAUACAUGAGGUGACGGGUUAGUGUAUUACCAGUAUAUGUACCAACUUUGACUACUUCUAAUCUAUUGUAUACAUAUUUUCUUUAAAUAAAGUUGUUUGAAGUAGUCUUUAAGAUGGAGCAUGACCUGAUGUGUAACUGUUCGAGAAACAAAUGAAUUGUGUGAAGUAUUGUAAUUUUUGACAAAAAUUUAGGAGGAUAUUUUUGCAUUUUAGCCUUGGGCACUCCCAGGACAAUACCAGGUAAACUGGUUUUCCCAAAAAUUAUGAUCAGUAAUCAGUACUCUAUUCAAACUAAUGGUCUAGCAGCAUGUCUGUAACAGUGGAGUUUAUCAACUGUAUAAAACUUGAUGUGAAAAGAUUUGUGUCCUUGCAUGAAUUGGUGAUGUACAUGUGUAAUUAUAGAAAAUUAAAGUGAUUAAGUGUGA